AUGUCUCACCAGAUCUACAUCCAGUGUAACUUCUUCUCUGUGCCCUGGCAGGGCUGCACAGCAGCAGCAGUGGCUUCUCCUUCGGCUACACCCUUCUACAAGCACCUGAUUGAUGAAGGGCAUAUUGAAGCCCAGUUCCACUGGAACGGUCAGACCAUCCCCCUCGUUGGUGGCUACCAAGCCUAUGUGACGGCACCCAUGACCACCCCAGCCAAGGUGGAAGAGAAGCCAUUCCCCAGGCGGGCUCCCAAGAGGCGUCAUAGCUCAGAUGACGCUGACGAACAGGGUUGCACCCCGCCCAAAAUUAGGCGGCUGGAAUCCAGUGCCAAGCAGCUGACCACACAGAAGCCUGCUCGCAGAGCCACGUCUAAGAGAAGGGCACACCGUUAG